AUGCAAAUCCCAAAGUCCUUUUUGGGUGCCGUGGGAGGCUCGUUUUUCCUCAUCCAGCUCUUAUUUCUUGGAAAUAUGAGCUACCUAUACGGCAGCGCCUUCAACGACUCACAGCGGAUGAAGGCCUUCAACAUUCUCCUUGUCGACUACGACGACGGCAUCGUUGGACAAUCAGUUAAAGCUGCAUAUUCCCAGCUAGCAAGCCCUGGCUUUCCCACUCUCAUUGAACAUCCAUCGACCGAGUAUCUAGCUACAAACGAUAUCCGUGAAUCUAUCUGCAAGGGUCACUAUUGGGGAGCAAUUUACAUCAAUCCUAACGCCUCUUCAAGAUUGUCCGCCGCACUCGCCUCCCCCGAAGCUGCGCAAACAUACAAAAAUUCCGAGGCAUUGACCUAUGUUUGGAACGGUGCGAAGUAUCCCUCCUACGCCCAAGUUAUCUCUUCCAGUCUCCAGGGUCUGGUUCAGGCAACCAGAGGUGCCUACAAUGCUAUGAAUGGAACAUCAGCAAUUUCAACAGCCAACACAACAGAUAAAAAUAUUGCCCAGGUCUUGUUCGACCCAAUUGGCGCCACAUCAAUCGAUAUCAAGCCAACAAAUCAGGGUACUCGUUUCUACUACAACACUGUGUCGAUGGUGAUGGUCAUUCUACCACAAUUCUUCUUCGUAAUGGCCCUGAACGGUAUUACGGCAGAAUCCAAAAUCCUCCAAACUUUGUCCCUGAGACAGAACAUCUCUCUUCGGUUGGGAUUAUCUGUUUUCUUUGCCUUCAUUGCGUCGCUCUGCAUGAGCGGCUAUAUUUGGGCCUUCCAAGAAGACUGGGGAACCACACCUGGGCAAUUCCCACUGACGUGGAUGGUCCUCUGGCUGGGAAUGCAUGUCAACUUCCUCCUCAUCGAUUCGGUCACGGCAGUGCUCCCGAUGAAGUUUAUGCCGUUUUUCAUCCUGACUUGGAUCAUCAUGAAUGUAUCGAGUACCCUCGGCCCCUUUGAGCUAUCUCCUGGAUUCUACCGCAUCGGAUAUGCUUUGCCUGCAUAUGAGAUCUAUCAAGUCCUCGUCGAUAUCUGGACUCAUGGAUGUAACCCGACUCUGUAUCGGUCACUACCAAUUUUGUUCUCUUGGUGGGUUCUUGGGAUUUUCGGCUUUUUGGCUGCCAUGCGCAGGCGUGUGCUUUCAGUCGUGAUGUCAACCAUUUCUGAGCUCGAGAAAGUCUGA